GUGUAUUUGUUUGAAGAGUUGGCCAAAGAUUGCCAUCAAUUGGAAAAGGAUUUCAUCGAAAGUCUGAUUCAACAAAACUAUUGCAAUGUUUUGGACAAUGAGUUGAUUAAAGAGAUUUUACGUGACAUUCAUUUCGAUGAUAACGACAUCGACUUGUCUUCAAUUGAAUCCAAAUAUGAUCUCAAAAGAGACACCAUUUUGCGAAUUAUCCUCUAUUUUGGCAUUUCUUGCCUUCAAUUAUACACUUUUGAUAAUUUCCUCUCUUUUAUCGAAAACGACACUCAUUUUGAUAAUUGUCUGCAAUUUGUAAAAGAGUUGGAUCUGAAGUAUGACUACAGCCUUACCAGUGAUGGCCAACAAUGCUAUCCAAUGGCUAGAAAUGUGGCACUUCUUAAGUUGUCUCGUCUGGCGUUCAAUAAAAUCAAACCUCAUUUAACCGAUGAUAAUGUGGUGCAUGUCUUGUGGCGAAUGAGAUCCGCUAUUAUCCACCAAAUCUCUGUCAUAAAUGCCUCAAAUUCUCUGUUCCAAGAAAUCCUAUUGGACUCGAAGACAAUCGAAGAAUUCAUACUAAAUAAUGAGACAAUUGGCUUGAGUUUGAAGAUUGAUUUACUCAAUGAAUUGUUGAACGCAUUCCUCUGGUUUGGAGACAUUGAGAGAAUCAAAGCUAACUUAGAAAGUGCUCAACAAAUGUCUGGUCUAACCAUUGGAUUGAGCGGUGCCUUAGGUCUGCGGACACAAUACCAACAAACAGCUGUUCCGCAACUAAUGGUCAAAAUUAAUAGGACAUCAAAUGAUUUGAACGGAUGUUCACAAGCAUUGGAAGUGAACAGUGAUUUGCCAAAGAAUGUGGCCCUAAAUGACGACACUUUACUCAAUAGCAUAAAGUUUGUGUCAUUAGAAGACAAUGCAAAUAAUGAGACCAUGGAUUUGACAGAAACGGAACAGAUAUUAAUGUUAUCUUAUAUAAAAUGUUAUCAACGAAUUGGUUCGCCUUCUGAUGAGCUCUUAAGCGAACAAUUAGACUCUUAUUUAGCAUUUUUGAUCUCAAAGACGAGAAUUUGGUCCGUUUUGACGAAUUGUCUUCUUAUGAGAAGUUUACUCGAAAAGGAUAAGAGGAGACGAGUCGAGCGUUCAAUGUCUCAAAUCAAUGAAUUGGUUGAUUGCGUUCGAGAAUCACAUCUAAAUUCGGUUCAAACCAUUCAAAGAUCACAGCAUUUCUAUUCAGUCCUUCCGAAUCCCUUUUGGAUAACAGAGAGAUAUUUGGCUAAUGUUUUGGUAUCUCUUGGAGUCAACAAAUCGGCGUUAGAUAUAUAUCUGAGACUCAAUUUAUGGGAUGAUGUCAUCGAUUGUUACCAAAGAAUCGGUCGACGAGACAAAGCGGAGGCUAUAAUAAGGGAUCAAUUGAAGGAUAAAGAGACACCACUUCUAUAUUGCCUUUUAGGCGACACAACCGAUGACUUAGAAUAUUAUGAAAAGGCGUUGCAGUUGUCUGACCGCAAGUUUCCGAGAGCUCACAAGGCUUUAGGGAAUUAUUAUUUUAAUUUAAAACAAUAUUCCGAAUCCAUUCCUCAUUUCCAACAAUCUGUUGCUUUCAAUUCAAUGCAAAUCGAUGUCUGGUUUCGGUUGGCAUUCGCAGCCAUGUCUACCGAAGACUACGAUAUUAUUUUAAUU